UUUCAAAAUGGCUUUUACCUUUGCAGCGUUUUGUUACAUUGCUGCACUUAUUUUAGCAGCAGUUUUAAUAUUUUUCGUAAUUUUUCAUAUAAUUGCAUUUGAUGAGCUGAAAACAGAUUAUAAGAAUCCGAUUGACCAGUGUUCUAGUUUAAAUCCACUUGUCCUGCCCGAGUACAUCAUCCAUGCAUUCUACACACUUCUAUUUCUUUUUGCAUUUGAAAUUCUGACAGUGUUUUUAAAUCUUCCACUGUUGUUUUACCAUAUCAAAAGAUAUGCCACUCGACCUGUUAUGAGUGUACCUGGAAUAUAUGAUCCAACAUCAAUAAUGAAUGCAGAUGAACUGAAUAGAGCUCAAAAAGAAGGCUGGAUCAAACUGGCGUUUUACCUUCUUUCCUUCUUCUAUUAUUUAUAUAGUAUGAUAGCAGAGCUGGUGCAGUAAUACUCAAGAGACUGUUGUCUGUAUUAUGACUGUGCCAGCACAACGACCUAAUAGAAGAAUGUGAGGCCCCUCAUCAGGCAGAACAAGAAGAUAUUUAUGGGUUGUUCUAACACUUUAUCAGUGUGCCUAUAGUUAUAGUACAAGCAACACAUUUACAAUCUAUUUUAAUCCGUGUGCACUUGCUUUUUCAUUUUUUGACAUACCUGAUAUUUAAUGGUAUGAUACAUAAACAGAACAGUGUUUAAUGCAGAUUUUCAUCCUUUAAUUUGUCUCGGAUCAGCCUCCAUUGAUUACACUACUUACUUACUUACUGAAAAUGUUUUGUGUAAAGCAUCUUGUUGAAUUUUUGAUGCAAUCAUUGAACAGUAAAAAUCAAAUCUGACUGGUUGAUACAUUUAUAAACCUGUUCAUAGCACUUUUGAAAUUUUGACCAUUUCUGUAAUACAUGUACUAAUAUCUGAUUUUAGAAUUCUUUUUAACGUAUGUUUAAGCUAUUUCUUGAGUAACACAUUUCCCAGUCUGACUCUAGCAGAUAAGAAAUCUAUGGCUACUCUAUAUCCUGCUAACAUAUUGAUAAAAAGGAAUUGGUCCUGAUGUGCUUGCUGAUAAAAGACCCCUUUCUGUUAAUGGGUAAGAAUAAUCUAUGUAAUGACAGCAGGUUUUGACUCGCACUACUGACCAUGUGUCAAACCUAGUACCAUAUGUUAGACCUGAUAACAAGUUUAAAAUGUGCUGGGCUGUCAUUAAACAUUCCUAUCUUUUCCUACUGUCGUAGGAUUUCUCAAGAUGUGUUUUUUAAUUUUAUAUAAAAUGACCUCCUUUGUGAAGUUUGAUGCCAGCAAACAAAUGCAAAACUUUUAUUUAUUUGACUAUAAUUAUGUCUUGAGUGUAGUUAUAUCGAAAGACGUGUUCUGUAGGAUAGUGCAAACAAGUAACCACCUCUGAACAUACACUUUGGUAAAGGUUUUCGUCUCACCUUUUCUGUAUUACAUUCUGAUGGUGGCAGCUGUGGUGAUGCCGUCAACUUUUGCAUUAAAGUUUUGCUUUUAGAUCAGUUUCUCACAAACUAUAAGUCCUAGAUCAGUGAAACUUGGUUUAUAAUUGUUCCUGUGGAUGUUCAUCACAGUGCAUGUGAAAAGAAUUGUACAUUACUGAAUCAUCUAUUUGAAAUAUAUUUGGGUUUUGCUCAGUGUUAAGAUUCAGCUUUUGUCACAAACUCAUCCUAGAUCAAUGAAACUUGGUUUAUAGUUGUUCCUGUGGAUGUUCAUCACAGUGCAUGUGAAAAGAAUUGUACAAUACUGAAUCAUCUAUUUAAAAUAUAUUUGGGUUUUGCUCAGUGUUAAGAUUCAGCUUUUGUCACAAACUCAUCCUAGAUCAAUGAAACUUGGUUUAUUGUUACAUCUAUGGAUGUUCAUGACCAAAAAAAAGAAAUAAUAAAAAUACAUGUAAAUUAUAAAAAAUUAUUGAAUUUUUAAAAUUAUUAUUAUUAUUGUUUUUUUUAACAUUCAUUAAGAUGAACAUCUUAUGAAGGCAAAUAUCAAACUAUCAAUGAUACUGAAUAAAUUUAUGGUAAACGAGAAAUUAAUUCUUAUUAAUGAAACUUAGUUUAUAGGUGCAUUUCUAACUUCAUCACAAUUUUAAAAAAAAUAAAAUUAAAGUACAAUUUAUGAAAGUGACUUAAAAAAUAUAUAAUUCCCCUCCCCCCCCCCCCCCCCCCCCCCAAGAAUUAGAUUAAUCUUUGUUUUUAUUCCACAAAUUAUUUCUUUAUUCAUGAAAUCAGUUUAUGGUAGUCAAGAUAUUUAAUUUUACAGAAUUCUUUUUCUAUUUAAAAAACGUGGGGUUUUUUUUUGGGGGGGGAAGACUAAACAGAAUUAAUUAUUCAUGGCUUUAUUUUUUGUAGAUAACAUGAGACCAAGAACAAAUAUGCAAACACAUUUUAAUAAAGAAAUAUGCCUACACAUGUACCCCCACACAAACGCACACACUAUUUUAACUGGCAUGUAUUCGAUCAAACCAUUUGUGCUUUGUAUUAACUAUAUAUAUAUGUGUGUGUCUUUUUUUUUCUAAGUUAUUUGCCGUCUGCAAGUAGUGUUUGUAAUUUUAUACUGAUUGUAUUAAAAUGUUUACAAAA